CACUACUUUCUCAGGACAACAAGUUUUGUAAUUUUAAUACCAGAAGAGCCUAGAAAAAUAUGAUGAAGCAGUUUCUCUCCCCAACUCUUCUUCUGCUGAUCUUCUUCCUCCUCUUCACUACAACUUCUGGUCAGUCUUCAUCACCUGCUGCAGCACCUUCAGGUCCCACUACACCUUCUGGUCAGUCUUCACCGCCUGCUGCAGCACCUUCAGGUCCCACCACAACCUCUGGUCAGUCUUCACCCCCAGCGCUAGCGCCUUCAGUUCCUUUAGUUCCUUCAGGUCCUUCCGGCACUCCUUCCGGUUCCCUCGACAUCACUGCAAUUCUAAAAAAAGCUGGUAAGUUUACUACCUUCAUUGGGCUACUAAAGAGCACCCAAAUGGAUGCUGAAAUCAACAACCGACUCAAGAAAUCAGAUGGCACCACCGUAUUUGCACCAACCGAUAGUGCCUUUUCAAACCUCAAAACAGGUACUCUGAACUCAUUCACUGAUCAACAGAAGACUGCGCUUACACGAUUCCAUAUACUACUUUCUUUCCUUACUAUCCCACAGUUCCAAACUGUGAGCAACCCGGUGCACACAGCCGCCGAUGGUGAUACUGUGGCGUUCCCAUUGAAUGUGAUAAGCGAUGGAAAGCAGGUGAACAUGACAACAGGACUUGUUAAUACAACAGUAGACAGCACUGUAUACAGUGAUGCUCAGCUUGCUGUGUACGAAAUCGGUCAGGUGCUCCUUUCAGAGGGUGUCCUUGGAGGCCAAGCACCAGCACCAGCUCCUCUACCUCCAAAGCCUAAAAAGGAUUCUCCUCCUACUUCACAAGCUCCUUCAAGGUCGACCACCGUUUCUGUUGAUUCUUCUGGUGCGACGGGUCCGCCCCAGUGUGCAACAAUUGUGGUAUCCAUUGGAGUGGCCGUUCUUGCGGCAUUGCCCUUAUGCAUAUGAGCUGAGUGGUGAUCGAUGAAAGAUGAUGGUGUGAUCUUGCGUGCAGUGUGCUUGUGUUUUCACGAUUUUCUUAGUCAAAUCACUACUUUACGUUUGUAUU